AUGCCCCAAUUAAUCUCGCCCCUGGCCCUUCGUGCCCUGCGCACCCUGGCCCAGCGGCCCAAGCCUUCGAUGACACCCCUCCGCGCGCUCACCACAUCUACAGCGCCCCUCCGUCGACCCGCCCCGAUCUCCUCCAAAUUCACCUUCCAGCCUGUCUUCCGCAUCUCGACCGCCCUCCCCCUCUCCGCCACUACCCGUCGCCAAUUCUCCUGUUCCCCCAUUACUCGCGCCACCUUCAACCAAGUACGUCGCGGUAUCCGCACCGGACAGCGCGCCCGCCGCGCGCGGUCUCCGGCGCUCGCGAAUCACCCAGCUAUGAAGGGCGUGUGUCUCAAGACUGGUGUCACGAAACCCAAGAAGCCCAACUCUGGUGAGCGGAAGACGGCUCGUGUGCGGUUGAGUUCGGGGAAGGUUGUUAGUGCGAUUAUCCCGGGUGAAGGUCACAAUAUCCAGCAACACAGUGUUGUCCAUAUCCGCGGCGGUAGAGCCCAGGAUUGUCCUGGUGUCAAGUAUCAUGUGGUUCGGGGUGCCAUGGAUUUGGGUGGUGUUGGAGGCCGAAUGACGAGUCGGUCGAAGUACGGAACGAAGAAGCCGAAGAGCAACUGA